AUGGAUGUAGAUAAACUGAAUCUCCAUGGAACUACUUCAGUGCCAUCAGAGAUGGUGCCUCCAUUUCCAGAGGAGCAAGGAGCACAAGGACAACAAUAUGUAGUUAGGAAAACAGGUAUAAGUACUCGUAAGAUCAGUUUGCUUGGUGCAACCGCUAUGAACCAGAAAGAUGCAGAAGUUUUUAUGAAGCAAGAAGAAGGCACAAAAAGAGCAAGUUCAGAUGUAUCGUUAGUUGCUUUUAUGGUUGCUAAUGAUAGCAAUGGUAUACCUGCAGGAAAUAUGGUUAUCGUAUCUUCACAGGCUGAUUUGCAACAGGCGUCUAAAAUAAUAGAGGGAUACAAGGGGCAAGAACGAUCUAUGCUAGGAUCGACAGCAAAUGAUACGGAGGAAGCUGUGCAGUCUGAGGAAAGCGAUGAAAUUUCCGAGGAUGUAGUAGUCAUGGAUUAUGCACAGCCCCAUCGGAAACCACCCAUCCACAAUGAAAAACCCUAG